AUGAGUUAUGAGUUGGUGAUUGGAUGUGUUGGUAAACCAUCUGCUGGUAAGAGUUCAUUUUUGAAUGCUGCAACCGAUUCUAAUGCUAAAGUUGGUAAUUAUCCAUUUACUACUAUCGAACCAAACUAUGGUGUGACAUAUUAUCCUGCGGAAUGUCCAUGUUUGAAAUACGAAAAGACAGCACUUUGUAAACCUCGGUACGGACGUUGUCAAGAUGGAACACGUUAUAUACCGGUGAAGAUGUUGGAUGUCGCUGGUUUGGUGCCGGGUGCAUCCGAGGGUAAAGGUCUAGGAAAUCAGUUCCUCGAUGAUCUCAGACAUGCACACGUCCUACUACACGUCGUCGAUGUAUCUGGUACCACCAACGAAAAAGGUGAAGAAACCACCGGUUACGAUCCAAUCAACGAUGUACAAUGGCUAAAAGAUGAAAUACACCAAUGGAUCUACAAUAAUCUUUGGAAGCGAUGGUCAAACAUCGUUAGAAAACAAAAGACAACCAAAUCACUGGCAGAAACGAUAUUACAUAAAAAGCUAUCUGGUUAUGGAACUAGAUUGAAUAUUGUUAGAGAAUCGUUGGAUAGAAUGGGACAGAAGGAACCGAUUGCUCUCGAUAGUUGGGAUGAUUCCACUGUGCAUCUGCUGGUCGAUACUUUUAUGGAGGUGAGAUUCCCAAUGGUGUUGGUGCUGAAUAAAGUCGAUAUGUCGUCGUCCGAUAACAAUAUCAAUAAGAUCUGUAUGAAGUAUCCCGAUAUGAAGAUGAUUCCCACGAGUGCACUGGCAGAGAUCUUCCUGAGAAAGAUGCGCUCGCAACAAUAUAUAGCGUACCGCGAGGGUCAAGAUAACUUUGAGACGAGCGACGACAACGCAGAGCUGAAACCGUGUGACGAGAAACUCAGAGGACGUCUGGAGAAGCUGAAAGAUUUGGUGUUGUUUAGAUAUGGAUCGACCGGUGUGCAAGAUACAAUAAAGACCGCUGUGGAACUAAAGAAAUUCAUACCGGUCUAUCCCGUCAAGAAUCUAAAGAGUUUGUCAUGCGAUAAGGCAGGUGGAAGUGUACUGAGAGAUUGUAUAAUGGUACCGAGAGGAACUCAAGUAAGAGAGUUUGCAGGUAUCUUGCAUCCAGAUUUAGAGAAACAUUAUUUAUACGCAGAAGGAAUCAAUGGUACAAGACUUGGAGAAACAGAUGUAAUAGAUGAAACAAAUAAUAUUAUUAAAUAUACUAGUGCAAUGGUAGAAGGAGGUGAUAAUAGUAAUAAAGAUUAA